AUGGCCUCUUCUGAGCUGGUGGACAUCAGCACUGCGUGCUCUCGUCGGGGGCAUCUCAGCACCGUCGGCGUCGUGGUGGACACUCUGCCACCCUAUCGCACAAAAGGCUCUUCAGUCUGUGUCACAUUCACUAUUAAAGACUGCCACUUCGAUAAAGCAACCUGGUAUGGUGGCCUAAAAGUCAAGUAUUUUAGCGAUACUAUGGACGCUCUUCCCAAUCCUCGCGUCAAUGAUGUAGUUCUACUACGAAACGUUCGAAUCAACAUGUUCCAAAACAAGCCGACCGGAGUUGCCUCACAGCAUGACACGGUCCCUUGGGCAAUCUUCCGGUCGGACUCAGAUCCCAGCUCGAGCCCAUCCAUUACCACGGGCCCUGUUCCUUUUCCACUCAAGCAACUGGAGAAGCGAGCGGCGUUGAUGCUGUUAGAUGGGGUUGCAACAACAGGACAAUCCACGGUGCCACAAUCUGUGCUACAAGAGCCAGUCCUGCAGCAGACGUCCCAGGUAGUUCAAGUGUCCAUGCCAGCUUCGAACCCAAAGCGUGGAUUUCUGCCAUUUCAACUUAUUAGAGAUGUGCAGCCAGGCCCCUUCGUUCAAAUUCUCGGCCAAGUAGUGAAAAUGAACACAAUCGAUAGCGAGAAGUGUAUCAUGUACAUCACUGAUUACACAUCAAAUGAAUCUCUGAUGGACAUAAAAAAAGAAGACGGAGAUUUGGGAACGGAAGGAGAUACUUAUGACUAUCUGUCUCGCAGAAAGAAGAAUUGGCCCGGUCCCUGGGGAAAGAUGACAAUACAAGUUACCCUAUGGGAACCGCACGCCACUUUCGCGCGAGAACAUGUCAGUGGUGGCAAGCUCGUGCUUUUGACAUACACGCGUAUCAAGCCUGGACGUGACAGCGGCCUAGAGGCUGUUGUUCAUGAAGAUAAACGAUUUCCGAAUAAAAUUCACGUUCGACUGAUCUCGGAUGACCACGACGAUCGCGCUCGAGAGCUCAUGGAACGACGGAAGGAAUACUGGAAAAUACACGGCAAACCGAGCGAGGAUCCCAAGAAAGCUGCGAAAAGGAAGAAGAACGAUCAGAAGAAACCGGAGGGGAAAGUGGAGGAGGGCAGGAAGACGCUGUCAAUGCCAGUGUCUCGAACGAAGACCAACGACUACAUAAAAACACGCUCCUACGAUGUCCCUCCCCGCUCUAUAGAUUACAUUCUCUCGGGCGAAUCGCACAUCAACAGACUUUCCGGAGGAAUCACCUACCGACUCCCUUUCCAAAAUGUUUGCUACCGACCUGAAGUCCGUGUGGUUGAUUUCUUUCCCCCGAAUCUCGAAGACUUUGCGGUGCAAGUCCCCAUGGGGUCUAUUAUGACUGGUGAUGAUAACGAGAAUGCGGCCAGCACCCAACGCAUGGAGUGGGAAUGGCGGUUUUGCCUUCUUGUCGAAGGAACAGAGCCUCAGGUUCCGAGGGAUCAAGCUCGAGAGCAGAUGAAGCUUUUUGUUACGGGUGCAGAAGGCGUGCAUCUGCUAAGCCUUGAUCCUACUAAUCUCCGCCUCCAUCCCUCAAGGUUAGGAGAGCUCAGAGAGAAACUCUUCAUUCUGUGGGGCGACCUUGAAGAGCUCAAGCAAAAGCAUGCUGCGGAUACUGGCAGCACAGCAGACUGGGUUCCGUCUAAGACAUCCUCGUUACCUUUCAAAUGCUGCAUCAAAGAGUACGGUGUACCAUGUACUCAUCCACGGAACCCUGACGCAAUGGUCGUGGAUGGGCCUGACAGGCAGGUUUGCGUCGAGCCCGAUUGCUUUGGGUGGGAAAGACGAUUCGCCAUGUUCGGGACGACGAUUCAUUCAUGA